UAGCAUUAGGUCCUGUCCAGUGUGAUUGCAAAACAACCCAGUUAGCUGUGAGAAUAAAAAAGGAAAAAAGCUCCUGCCAAGUUCUGUAACGAAAGCCCUGCCCGGUGAGAUCCCUGUUUCUGUGACUUCCUUUUACCCACUCCCCUGAUUCCUCUCUUUUCCUCUCCUCACAGACCCCCUAUAAUAACAGGAAUAGAGAAGGAACUGGGAUGCAUCUGGACAGCUGGAAAUGAAACUGGAGAGACACAAGUCAACCACACUAAGAUUUACGAGGGGUGUGCCUGCCUGGCUGGCACAGCAGCAAAGUUAAUCUCUACGUGUGCACAGAGGGACACAUCUCCUUAACAACAUGCAGCAUUGACAAAAUAACUUCACUCUCCUGGCUUUCACAGCUGUUGUGGACUCCACCUGCACCCACCUCUGUUUCUAGAUGCUCUGACAUCUCUGAAUACCGACCAGGAGGAAGACACAGGCAGGCCGGCCAGCAAGAUGGAGGAAUUCUCUACCAGCAACACAGACGGGACAGAGACAUGUGCCAAGGAGAUAGAUCAUGGGACUGUGAGGCCCAGGGGCUCACAUGGGGACCAGCAGAGAGUUAAAGUUCAACUCCAGUCUGAUAACACAGACGCACCGCCACCACCACCGGAUAAACACUCCAGCAAUGGCUGCCGUGCAAUGGCGUCUCUGGAUGCUGGAUCGAGACAGAGAGAGUGUGUGACUGUGCCUGCCAGUAAACCUUCGGGCUGCUGCUGUAACGCAAGCUGCAGGAAGGGCCUUGGGCCUUGUGUACUGUGCUGCAGUCAGAUCACAGACGUUUGCAAGGACCCUGACAGUAACACUGCAGUCCAGAGAGCAGGGAUUUCACCUCCGACGUACACAGCUGAUAAAACAGGAUAUGUUACACAGAGCAUUGAAGGUACUGUAGUGCAUCACGACACAGAUGUAUGCAGGAGUGUCAUGGAGUUGGAGUCAGAGGAGUUGUCUCCUCUGUGUAAUGCAAUGACACUAUCAGGUGGGGGCAGUAACAAGAACUGGUUUCAGGGCUUGCUCUACCCUGGUACCUCCUUAGGUUAUGAUAGAGGCAAGGAGGCUGUAGGGGGCAAGGUGUCAGGCUCAGAAUCCUUAAUGUCCUCAGUGCCAUCUUCCACAGGAGUCACUACGGGCAGCUUUGCCUUCUGUCUGGUGGAGGAGGUGACAUCAUCAACAGUCACCGACACCAGCUCUGUCCAUAGACUCAGAGAUGGCCACAUCAGCCCAGGGGGCAAAGCCGAAACUAAAAUGUGCUCUACAUUGGCACUCGUUCCCGCCAGCCCUUCCAAAAGCCCCACGGCUUUAAAGAUGGCCUCAGACAAUGGGUUAGGAUCUGACUGCGAGACUGAGGAUAACUUUUCAUAUAAUAUGCAAGAGUGUUCGACGGUCCUGGUCCGUAGAUUUUUGAGGGAAAACCAGAGGGUGAAGAAGUCGAUGUGUACAGGAACCAGGGCUAUCAUCAGGACGUUACCCACAGGGAGGAUCGGUGAGGAGGCGUGGAACACUGUCUGCAGAAGGGAGCCCCUCCAGGUGUGGGAUGAGGAUGGCCACCAAACUUCUGGGGGAUACAGUGAACACAGUUCAACCUCUCAGUGUCUACAUCUGCAAGUGUGUAAACUUCUCCUUGGAAAAACAGGAGACUUGUUUUUUGAGGCAUGCCAUGCCCUGAGUUCUGAUGUAAGGGUGGCCAGUUCAGGAGCUCUACUCCUGUCUUCCAGGAAGCUGCUGUCUGCAGAGAGGAGGGCCACAUUGCCAUGGCCGGAAGGAGGAGGGGAGUGUAGCUACCGAGCAACCCUACAGAGGACUGACAUUUCUGCCUACAUCUCAGGGACCCUCCUGGAAGUGGUUCUGUCCAUCGGCAACACGGGCGUCAAUGACUUCUCUCCUCCCUGUAUCACCACAAGUCCCUUGGGCUGGGCUGUCCUGAAAGAGCGUCAACUGCACUCCCCCAUGGUGGGAUCCAGCGUGGUGCCGGCGGCUCCACUGACGGAGGUCAACAAGGAGCUGUCUGACCUCCAACCCCUGGUCAGGUUCCCGGAGGAGAUGGCCUACAUCCUCAUGGAUCAGGAGCUGCAGCUCUACAGCCGGAUCCUACCCCAGGACUAUCUCUGCUUCCUCACCCUCGACCUGGGGGGCCCUGGCCAGCCACAGCCCCAGGGGCAGACACACCAACCUGUACAACCUCAUCUUAUGGCUGGCUGCAGUCGGCCCCACAACGCAGUAGAGGACCUGGUCACAAGGUUCAAUGAGGUGAGCUCCUGGGUGACCUGGAUGAUUCUGACAGCAGGUUCUAUGGAGGAGAAGAGAGAGGUGUUCUCAUGUCUGGUCCACGUGGCCAGGUGCUGUUGGAACAUGGGAAACUACAACACUGUCAUGGAGUUCCUGGCUGGACUCAGGUCUCGCAAGGUGCUAAAGAUGUGGCAGUUCAUGGAGCAGUCGAACAUCGAGACCAUGUGCGCCCUGAAGGAUGCCAUGGCGCACCACGAGACAUCUGCAGAGUACAGGAAGGUGGUCUCGCGUGCUCUCCACACCCCGGGCUGCAGGGUGGUGCCCUUCUCUGGGGUCUUUCUGAGAGAGCUAGGGGAGGCCCUGGAUGGAGCAGCUAGCCUGAUCAACCUCAGACCACGCCUCAGCUCACAGGACUCUGUGGAGUUUGUCUCUGACUACAACGGACAGGACAACUUCCUGCAACGGGCGGGGCCAGAUGGGCUCAACCAAGCAGAGAAGGAAGCAACCAUCAACAACAUCCUCCAGACCAUCCGUAGCUGCAACCGCAGUAUGGAGUCUGAGGAUUGGGAGGAGUCUGGAGGGUCUGGGGACGGGAGCAUCACUGGCUCACGUAAAAACUCCUUCAAGGAUGGCAACCACAACCAGUUCACCGUGGGCGAUCUCUCCGAGUCUGCGGGUGACCUAUCUGACCUAUCACAGGGCAAAGACCCAGACUUCCAGGGUAUGGGUGAGAGUACUCAGAAGGCCUUUGCCCACGGUACAGAGCUCAUGCCCUGGUACGUCCUCUCCCUCCACCCCCACGUACACCACUUCCUCCAGCAGGGCGCUACUGUGAUCCACUAUGACCAGGACUCCCACCUCACCGCCCGCUGCCUGCUCCGACUCCAACCCGACAAUUGUAUCCUCACCUGGGCCAAGCUCCAGAGUGAGGGCCUCCCUGGUUCUAGCCCUGGCUCUGACUCCUCAAUGCUCCGGAGCCCCACUGGGUCAGGGUACUGUGGGAAGCUAAUACUGAACAGCCUGGCGGAUGGAUUCCUGGAUCUCUCCGUGGCGAAAGCUGUCUUCAUGGGCCAUCCUGGGGCUGACAUUCAGGCGGUAUGCCUGCAGAACAAGCUCUCAUUUGGACUGAGCCUGGAGGAGUGUGGGGUGACUCUGCUCUAUGGGCUCCAUACAACAGACAACAGGUUAUUACACUUUGUGGCCCCGAGAAACACAGCUAGGAUGGUGUACGCUGGGCUGGAGUCCCUGUUAGCUGUUCACAGGAGGAUGAGGAGGUUCCCUGACCAAAGGCUGCAGUGGCUCCGGAGGAAGUACGUCAACCUCUAUCAGGAGGAUGGCAGGUACGAGGGUCCAACUCUAGCCCAGGCCAUCGAGCUGUUUGGGGGCAGGAGAUGGAGUGUGGGUGCUGGUAGCAUGGAGAAGUCUGGAGCUCAGAAGAACAACCAUCUCACUGUGACCAAUCAGAAGACGGUUAACUCCAAUAAAAAUAAAAAGAAGGUUGGGACCAGGGGGGACAGUGGGGAUGCCACAGACGAUGAGAUGGUGUCACAGAAGGUGACGAGUGGUUGGGAUAUCCUAGGGCGGAAUGCACCGGACCUGACAGACAACAUGGACCAAGACCAGGAAGACAGCAGCUCCUAUGGUUUCCCUGAGCCUCUCUCCUCCUCUUCCAUGGCCAUUAGCACCUCUUCCUCCUCCAUCUCUUCCUCAGCUUCCAAUCACAAAGCUCAAACUGGUAAUAUGUCAAGUCAGACACUAUCUAGCCGGGGUAAGAGCCAAUCAAAGAGCUUCCAGAACCUCAUGGUAUCAGAUGGCACCAUGAGCUUUACUGAGUUUGUUGAGCUCUUCAAGUCCUUCAGUAUCCGGAGUCGUAAGGACCUGAAGAAUGUGUUUGAUGCCCAUGCUGUGUCCUGUGGUCAGUCUGCCUCUGAGCCUGCUCCUCUCUACACUCACCUCCGCAUCGACGACAGAGUCACAGGAAUACAGCCAGAUCUGGACCUUCUGACACGUAAUGGCCUGGACCUUGGUCCUUCCAUCUGGAUCAUGAGACACAUGUCAGACAAUCAGAAGCAUAUUUCAGACGCCAUAGCUUCUGCCAGCAUCGUGACCAAUGGUACUGGCGUGGAGAGUGCCUCGCUGGGAGCUCUGGGCAUGACCAUCAUGCACCUCAACGACUUCCUGGUCAACUGUCAGAGAGAGAACCACUCACAUGAUGAAGUCCUAAGAAUCAUCCAGACAUUUGAACCAUCUACCACUUUGCAUCAGAUUGGCUGGAUGUCCUUUGAGGGAUUUGCCCGGUAUCUGAUGGACAAGGACAACUCUGCUUCCAAACUGGAAGAGUCUCCACUGAAUGUUGAAGAGCUCCAUUACCCUCUGUCUUACUACUACAUCGCUACAUCACACAACACCUACCUGACCUCCCACCAACUCAAGGGAGAGUCGUCUGUGGAGCUGUACAGCCAGGUACUCCUCCAAGGAUGUAGGAGUGUUGAACUGGACUGUUGGGAUGGAGAUGAUGGCAUGCCAAUCAUCUACCAUGGACACACCCUCACUACCCGCAUACCCUUCAAGGAUGUGGUGGAGGCAGUGAACCGCUCUGCCUUCGUGACCUCUGACCUACCUGUGAUGCUGUCCAUAGAGAAUCACUGCUCCCUGCCGCAGCAACGCAAGAUGGCCGACAUAUUCAAGACGGUGUUUGGAGAUAAACUGGUGACAAAGUUCCUGUUCGAAAGUGAUUUCUCGGACGACCCACAGCUGCCGUCACCAUGGCAACUGAGGGGGAAAAUCCUCCUCAAGAACAAGAAGCUAAAAGCUCACCAGACGCCAGUGGACAUCCUCAAACAGAAGGCUCACCAGUUGGCCCAGAUGCAUUCUCAGGCCAGUAGUGUGAUGCCUCCUCCCUUCCCAACCAUUGAGGAUCAGGAGGAAGAAGAGGAUGAGGAUGAAUACGACUAUGAGUAUGAAUCCCUAUCUGAUGCUGACGCCCUGGCUUUAUCUACUGCUUCUUCUCUCCCAGAAGAUAAUAUCCUGGAGGAUAGGCCUGAGGGAAAGUCUCUUUCAGGGGAGAAGUUACAGACCAAACACAGUGACCAAGUCCCCAAGAAGAUGAAGAAAUGUGAGAGAGCUACUCACAACAAAGCAGAAACACAUGUAUUUGGCAAGGAGCUGGAGGAAGAGUUCAAGCUGCCUCGAAGCAAGAAGGAAGGACGCCAGAUAGCACAGGAGCUCUCAGAUAUGGUGAUAUACUGCCAAGCUGUCAAAUUCCCAGGUCUAUCCACUUCCAGGGAGAGAAAAGAGAGACAGGAAGUUCUUUCUCCUAAAGGAAAGGGAAGGAGGUACAUCUUUGGGAAAGAUCCAGAGAAAGGUGUUCCAGGGGACCCAUCGACAGUGAUGCGCACCCCAGGGAGAGGAGCAGCAUCAGAGGGCCCCCGUCCCAACUGGGAAGAACCACCCACCUCCCCUCUGUACACCUGUAAUGCCUCCCUCAGCUCCCUCAUCCACACCCCAAAGUGCUACCAUGUCUCCUCAGUCAAUGAGAACGCCGCCAAACGCCUGUGUCGCCGCUACGCCCAGAAGCUGAUCCAACACACCAGCUCCCAGCUCCUGCGGACCUACCCAGCAGCCACACGUAUCGACUCCACCAACCCUAGUCCCCUACUCUUCUGGCUGCAUGGAAUACAGCUGGUCGCUCUCAACUACCAGACCGAUGACCUUCCCUUGCAACUGAACGCCGCCAUGUUUGAGCCUAACAGGGGUUGUGGGUACGUCCUGAAGCCCCCGGUCCUGUGGGACCCCAGCUGCCCACUCUACGGACACUUCUGCCCCCUGGACAGAGACCCAAGGGGGAUGAGCCCCGUCCUGUUGUCUCUCACUAUUAUCUCUGGUCAGAAUCUAUGCCCAGGGACUACAGCAGGCAGUCCAUGCAUCGAGGUAGACAUCCUGGGGAUGCAGGCUGACGGGUGUCACUUCCGCACCAAACCCGUUCACCGUAACCCCCUGAACCCCAUAUGGAACCAGAGCUUCCACCUCCCCCUGCUCAUGGCUGACCUGGCCUUUCUACGUUUUACCGUGGUGGAACACAACAGCUCCCAGACCACCGCUCAGAGAAUCAUAUCACUCAGAGCACUCAGGACAGGAUACAGACACGUGCAGCUGAGGAAUCAGCACAACGAGGUCCUGCCAGUCUCCAGUCUGUUCAUCUACAGCCGUACAUCUGAAGACAGCGGAACAGCAGGUUCACGGCCUGCAUCAUGGCUCUUCAGCACAGAGGAGCGUAGGGCUGCUGUGCAGUACAGAGUCACCGUCCAUGGAGUCCCUGGGCCUGAGCCUUUUACGGUGGUGGGUGUGAGUGAGAGGACCACUGCCAGAGAGCUCCUACACAAUAUCCUUCCAUCCCUCUCCUCCUCUACUCUAGUCUCCCUCCCUUCUUACUUCCUGAUGGAAGAGAGGGUGGCAUUGCCCCGUCAGAGGGGGGAGGCUCAGGGUGAGGUUCGGGGUAAGAGGGGGGAGGUUCGGAGGCCUCUCUUGCAGAGGACGAUCAGGCCUGAGGAAGAGAUACUCAGGGUUGUUGAGAGCUGGAACCCUGAUGAAGGCUACCUGGGCAGAGUAUGCCUCAAAACGAGAGAAAAGUUUGUGAAUGAUGAGAAGCCAGUUAUAGAGGAGAUGGAGGUCAGCUGUGGACUGGAGGACGAUUCCUUUCUGGUGAAAGUACAUGGAGUAUCUCCUGACCAAUCACCAGUGACCCUCAGAGCUCCCAGACACAUCACAGGCAAUGACCUCAUCCGACAGACACUGAGAAAAGCCAGACAGUCCAGCCUCCUGCUGUCAGCGGGCAACGCCAGUGACUACAUUCUGAUAGAGGAGGUAGUCAAGGAGCCCCUGGGGCGCAGGUUCCCUGCCAGACCCACCCAGAGGAUCCUCCUGGACCAGGAAUGUGUAUUCCAGGCCCAGGGGAGGUGGAGGGGACAGGGGAAGUUCAUCCUCAGACUCAGGGAGCAGGCUCAGGGAAAAGAGACAGCUCAGCAUGAAGACUGUGUCAGACCUGUUCGCGAGGAUCGGCGGAAAGGAAUAUCGUUGGCGAGCGAGUUGAAACGACUGACAGGCCGGAGCCGGGCCAUAUGGAUCGGGGCUCACGCCUGCUCUGAGGUGGUGCACAGCAAUGAUGAGAGGGCCGUGUGCUGUCUGCAUCUGAGUGAGACCAGAGAGUGACGUUACACACAGUGUAUUCAUAGUGAAUUAUAGGAUCUCUAUGUCCAACUCAUAGAGAUAAAUAAGUGCCCAAAAGCCUGUCUUAGCAUCGGCAGCGCCAUUGAGGACUUUCACAAUUCUUAAGUAGUCAACUGGGUGGAACUUCCUAUGGGUUAAGGAAGGAUCACACAAUUCCAUCCAGGUCAUCAGGAUGGACCAGCCAAUGAAUUAUACAAACAUUCCAUAACUGCAGGUGGCAGCAUAUUGCCAACCUUGGCUUUAUACCUAUCCAGACAACACACUUCAGGUGACAGUAUGCACCCCUUUCAGUUUGUUUACCAACUCAUAAAGUAGUAGAAGAAGAAAAUUGACUACUUCAAAAUGGAGAUGGCGCUGGCUAUGGUCUCAUAGAUGCCAUAAUGGGACAGAUGCAGUGUUGCGUCCUCUAUCUAACUCUAUGGUCCAACCCUCCCUUGAGUUUCUCUAACUAACUCCAUGGUACAACCAAAUCCAAAUCUACCGCAUAACUUACAGCUAAACAACCUCGCUAGCAUCAUCAUUUGGGGCAGAGAACCAAUUUGGAAUCUGGGAACCAGACUGAAGUGUAAAAAGUAAUAUUUUAUGUUCUCUGCUAUCGAUUGUCCAAUUGAUAGUAUUAUUGUAUGCUCAUAAUAUGUUUGUGUGUUUAUCUCCCUUCACACACUCUAAUUAAAGAUAUCCAAGAUGGGCUGACACUGGGAAGAUGUGGAAUUGGAGCCGUGCAACUCCUAGGUGUCUGAUGUGAUUUGGACCAGGCAAUAAGCCUAAUCUACGUCUACCUAGAGCUGGAAAUGGCACCUUAUCGGCAUGUGCAUUUAUUGAAGCCUUGCAUUAGUUCCCCAAGCAAAUGCCUAACGAAAAUGGGGAGAAUCUCAAUUGGAUAUCCUUGCCUCCUUUUCGAAAUAAAUGCACUUGUCAUCAGGCAAAUUACAUUUACAGAGGUGGAAUCACAUAGUCUGUUAAAAACAGUAAGAUAAAUACGCAUGUAGCUAGAGUCCAUUCCAUUCUCCUUUUUCCUGUCCUUGUGGCACGCAGAAGACCCAGGUUCGAAUCCAGUCGGAGAUGAAAGACGAACACACUGACUGUAGGACAGACCAGCAGAUGGUGAUAUUGUGCUUUCUGAUGGAUACAUAAGACAUCAAUCUGGCAAGUUUGAAGUGGCUGGAGGAAAUGUGAAGAAUCUCAAUUAGAUUUCCUCGCGUCCUCUCCUCGCCUCCUUUGAGUCGAGGAGAUGAAAACAGGAAAUAAAUGUGCUCGUCAUCAGGCAAAUUAUGUUUAGAGGUGGAAUCCCAAAAUACAUGUUUAAAGUGGUUUACAAAUUCUAGUUAUGCUAGACAUUUUAUAGAUAAAAGGAUAAAUAAGUAGAGUAUAAUUUUUAAAUGUGUACAUGCUUUUCCCCUCUGAGAAAAUAAUAGUUGUUUCAAAGGAGGUGUGACUGAUUUCAAAACACUUCUGCGGUAGGAUACACCCGAGCAUCCUUUCCCGACGGUGGCAGUCGAGGAGAGGAGACAAACUCCUUCAUUGACCUAUUAACUUAACACGCUCCUACAUAUGCCAAACACUUACUGGAUUCCAGGUCACGGAGGAGAGGAAGGACUUUCCCAAUUGAGAAUCUCCCAUGGUCAGACUCAAAUAAUCAAGACAGACAAGUUCACCCAUCAUCCCUCAAAACAAAUUUCUACAUUAACUCCAAACAUGUUUUAAUUUUUUUCUCUAUUUUACAUUACUGCUGGUGUACAAUACUGCAAUAUUACUGUCAUAUUAGUAUAUUAAACAUUCCCAGUGCUA